AUUCCAAUUUCCAGUUUACAUCUUCACCGUUAGUUAACAAUGGCUGAAGCUGCUGCUGCUGCCCUCGUCAAAGUCAUUUUUGAGAAGCUAGCCGAUGAAGCCUUCAAGAAAUAUGCUCGUUCCCAGAAUAUUCACUCGGAGCUCAAGGAAUUGGGGAGCACGUUGUCCCAGAUCCAAGCUCUGCUUAAUGAUGCUUCACACAAGGAAAUAACUGAUGAAUCUGUCAGACUAUGGCUCAAUAGUCUCCAACAUCUGGCUUACGAUAUCGAUGACGUACUUGACGAGGUGGCUACUGAAGCUAUGCAUCGUGAGCUGACCCCAGAAUCAGAAGCAAGCACCAGUAUGGUAAGAAAGCUCAUCCCAACUUGCUGCACAAACUUCUCACUAAGUCAUAGGUUGUCUCCCAAGUUAGAUAGUAUUACCACCCAGUUGCAACAAUUAUAUAAGGCAAAAGCUGGGCUAGGUUUGAUUGUGAAAGAUGAAAAGCCAAAAAAUUACAAUAGAGGAAACGAAACCUCCUUGCUAGAAUCUGAUGUCAUUGGACGAGAAAUUGAGAAAGAAAAAUUGCUCAACAAGCUGUUGCAGGAUGAGCCAUGUAAGGAAAACUUCAGCGUCUUACCCAUAGUUGGUAUGGGUGGGGUUGGUAAGACCACUCUAGCUAGAUUUUUGUAUAAUGAUACACAAGUGAAGGGUCGGUUUGAACUCCACGCAUGGGUUUGUGUCUCUGAUGAUUUUGAUAUCUCUAAGAUAACCAAAACCAUCUUUCAAGCUGUUUCCAACGAAAACAACAAGGAAUUUGCUGAUCUAAAUCAGCUUCAAGUGGCUCUUAAAGAGAAACUUAAGGACAAACGGUUUCUACUAGUACUAGAUGAUGUGUGGCAUGAAAACUAUGACGAUUGGGAAACCCUAGUGCUCCCAUUUCAUUCAGGGGCUCGUGGAAGUAAGGUAAUCAUGACAUCUCGCAAGGAGCAAUUGCUUAAGAUGCUAGGUUUUGAUAAUCUAGACCAUCUUAAGACUUUGUCAUCUGAAGAUGCUUUGUCUUUAUUUGCUUUACAUGCAUUGGGCGUAGACAACUUUGAUUCACACCCGACACUCAGACCAAAGGGUGAGCGUAUUGUGGAAAAGUGUGGUCGUUUGCCUUUGGCUUUAAAGGCAAUUGGUAGGCUAUUAAGAACUCAUACAGAUGAAGAAAAAUGGGAUGAGGUGUUGAAUAGUAAGAUAUGGGAUUCAAAAAGUGUUGGUGAUCUUUCUGCAGAUUGGAAGGCGAUUUUUCCUGCCCUUAUGUUAAGCUACCAUGAACUUUCUGCAAAUUUGAAGCGGUUGUUUGCAUAUUGCUCCUUGUUUCCUAAGGACUUUUUGUUUGACAAAAAAGAGUUAGUCCUGUUGUGGCUGGCCGAAGGGUUUUUGUACAAAUCAAAUGCAGCCAAGUCACCAGAACGCCUUGGUUAUGAAUAUUUUGAAGAGUUGUUAUCAAGGUCAUUUUUUCAACAAUCACCAAAUGAGGAACCGUUAUUUGUGAUGCAUGACCUGAUGAAUGACUUGGCCACAUUUGUUGCCGGAGAGUUCUUUUCAAGGGAUGACAGUCGGAUGGAAGAUUCGUCCAAGUACCGCCACAUGUCAUUUAUUCGUGAUAAAUAUGUAGCUUACCACAAGUUUGAGGCCUUCAAGAGAGCUAAAGGUUUGAGAACAUUGUUACCGGUAUAUGUUGGGGUGGAUCAACAGUGGGACGAGUUCUACUUAUCCAGCAAGAUUUUGGUUGACUUACUUCCUGAGUUGCCGUUAUUAAGGGUUCUUAGCUUGAGUCGUUUUAGUAUAAAUGAGGUACCGAAUUCCAUUGGUAGUUUGAAGCACCUAAGGUAUCUUAAUCUAUCUAAAACUGAUAUCAAAGAGUUGCCGGACAAUGUUGGUAAUCUUUAUAAUUUAGAAACAUUGAUAGUUUUUGGAUGUGAGAGUUUGACCAAGUUGCCUAAAAGCUUUUUAAAGCUAAAAAAGUUGAGGCAUUUUGACAUGAGAGAUACUCCAUGUCUGAAAAAGUUGCCCUUGGGGAUUGGUGAGUUGAAAAGCCUACAAACUCUCACUAAAAUUAUCAUUGAAGGACACGGUGGCUUUGCACUAACCGAGCUUAAGGUAUUAAAGGAUCUCCAUGGGGAAAUUUCCAUAGAGGGGUUGGACAAAGUACAAAGCUCAAUGCAUGUACGAGAGGCAAACUUAUCUUUAAAAGGGAUUGAUAAGUUAGAGUUGAAAUGGGAUGAUGUUUCAGGAAGGGAAACGCUUGAGAAGGAGAUUCUCAAUGAGUUAAAGCCCCAUAGUGAUAAGUUGAAAAUGCUUGAGGUUAAGUAUUAUAAGGGAAUAGAGUUUCCAAAUUGGGUUGGGGAUCCGUCUUUUCAUCAAUUGGUUCAGGUGUCGCUACAUGGUUGUAGAAAAUGUACAUCUCUACCGCCACUUGGACAGCUACCUUCACUUAAGGAGUUGUUGAUUCAAGGAAUGGAUGAUGUUAAAGUCAUGAGUUUGGAGUUAAGUAGGAGUACUGAUGUUACCUUCCCUUCACUUGAAAUUCUAAGGUUUGAAGAUAUGUCUAGUUGGAAGGUAUGGUCAACCAAUAGCGAGGUAAUGUUUCCACGCCUUCGAGAGCUUCAAAUAAUCAAAUGUCCCAAUUUGAUUGAUGUCUCACUUGAAGCAUUACCUUCGCUAAGAGUUUUGAAGAUAGAGGGAUGUGGUGAAAGUGUGCUGAGAAGUCUGGUUAAAGCAGCUUCAUCUACCACUAAACUGGAAAUAGGAUCAAUUUUAGGGCUUACGGAUGAGGUAUGGAGAGGUGUCAUAGUGAAUUUUGGGGCGGUUGAAGAGCUAUUCAUACAAAAUUGUGAUGAGAUAAGAUACCUGUGGGAAUCAGAUGCAGAGGCAAGUAAAGUUCUUGUAAAUUUAAAGGAAUUGGAGGUAUCUGGAUGUGAAAGUAUGGAGCGUGUGUGUUGUCCAAAUAGCAUUGAGAGUUUAGACAUCAGAUGGUGUAGUUCAGUUAGAGAUGUCUCCUUCCCAAGAGCAACAACAACAACAGGUGGAGGAGGGCGGAAUCUCAAGUCACUUACGAUAAGUUUUUGUGGAAAUCUAAAAUCAAUAAAUCAAUUGAGUAACUCCACUCACCUCACCUCUUUGUCAAUAAUUCUUUGUGAAAACAUGGAGUUAUAUUCUGAUCUUCAUCAGCUAUCAAAUCUCACCUCCUUGAAUAUACAAGGUUGUAAAAGCAUAGAGACAUUUUCUGACCUUGAGCUAUCAAACCUCACCAGGUUGUCUAUACAUGGUUGUGAAAGCAUAGAGUCAUUUCCUAACCUCCAUCUGCCAAAUCUCACACAUUUGUAUAUACAAAGUUGCAAAAACAUGAAGGCAUUUGGUGACCUGCAGCUACCGAAUCUAAUCAGUUGGUGGUUAAGAGAUUGUGAAAAUCUGGAGUCAUUUCCUGACCUUCAGCUAUCCAAUCUCACCAUGUUAAAAGAUAUGCGUAUCAUAAAUUGUCCAAUGGUUGAUGCUUCCUUUCCUCGUGGGCUUUGGCCUCCCAAUUUGGUUAGGCUUACAACAUGGGGGUUGAAAAAGCCCAUCUCAGAAUGGGGCUAUCAGAAUUUUCCUGCUUCCCUUGUUGACCUAAGAUUAUUUCAUGAACCCAAUGUGAGGAAUUUUAGUCAAUUGUCCUACCUUUUCCCUUCUUCUCUUACGUCUUUGGGAAUAGAGAAUUUUAUUAAACUGGAAUCACUUUCAACGGGACUCCAACACCUCACAUCCCUUCAACAUCUCACCAUUUCCUUCUGCCCAGAGGUGAACGAUCUACCAGAGACGCUGUUACCUUCACUUUUGAGUUUGAGAAUAUGGAGUUGCCCAAAAUUGAAAGAAAGGUGUGAAGGAAGGGGCUCCCACUACUGGCCACUCAUCUCUCAUAUCCCCUGCAUUAAAAUAUAG